CCUGUGUACCGGUUCGACCAGCGCCCGGUCGGUCCGGAGCUGAAGGAUUUGAUCGAGGAGGGCCGCGUGAAGGCGGCCGAGGAGAGGCGCGUGCUGGGCCUGGCCACCGACGAGCCGGAGCCCCCAACGCUGCUGGGCGAUGCCGCGGCCGUGGCUGCGGUGCCCGAGGCGGGCGCGCCGGACGCUGCGACAGGCUCGGAGAUCUACAGCUGGGUCUGCGUCGUGCGCUCGGCGGCCGUGGAGGUGGGCCGCGUGUUCCAGUUUGCGGAGAGGCACACCACGCCGUCGGACAGGUUCGUGAGUUAUGGCCCCCUUGGCCUGUAUGAUGUGGGCAACGCGGGUGGCCUGGCCGUCAUGCGCAGGCUCGAGACCAGCGACAAGAAGGAUGACGUGAUCGUGGCCUUCGCCCUGCAGGUGGGGGACGCGGCCGAGGAGAAGGGGACUGCUAUCCCAACGGGUUCAGCCGGGGCUGCUGCGAGCUCCGACGAUGCCCGCACCCUGCUCAUCGUGCGGGACCCAAGGGGCAAGCGAUUCAGGGAUCUGAAGAGCGUGGCGAGCGCCUCCGACCAGUCUAGCUUCGACGACUGGAUCCUGGAGGGCCCGAGGACGACCUUGUACGUGAUAAAGGAGAUGGCGAAGCUGGCGGGUGGCCCGGUCCAGCGCCAUCAGACAUGGAAGCAUGAGAACAAGUUGCAGCAGGAUGAGCACUCGGCUGUGAGUCACGAGAUGCUGUCAGAGAUCCUGGAGUUGGCCACCACCUUUGACCAGCUGGACGUCUCGAACCUGGCGUGCAUGGAGUGCCUGUGUCGCCACGCCCAGUACAUUGAGCAGCGUGUGAAGAAGAAGCGAGAGUCGGGCAAGGACUUCGACUCCCAGGAUUACUACCUCGGGCGCUCGAGGCGCACAGGCGGUGCCAUCAUUAGUCCGGAGUUGCUGAAGUGGGUCGCGGAGUCGGCAGCCCGUGACUCGGUCAUCUUGAAGGAAGAAAGGUGCCGGUGCCCUCUCCCGCUCAUCGCCGAGGUCCGCGCCGAGCUGCCCAGCGCCUGGGCAGGACAGUCCGCCGGAGAUGUCGCUCACCCCGAGGCAGCCCUAAUGGAGUUGCUCGGUACCGAGGCCCUCGACUGCGCGUCCGAGGUCCUCUCCGUGGUUGCGCCGUAUGAUCAUGGCUUGGUCUCGUGGCCGGACACCGCAGGCUCGGUUGACUUGCUGGACGUGUUGCCAGACCCUGACCGCCAGGAGGUGAUCGACGGACCUCGGUCUCUUUUGCUUCGAACUGACGAGGUGCCCCCUGCAAGCUGCAAAGUUUACUGGGAUAAGACCCUUCGCGCGGACAAGGAUGAGUAUGUUCGGUUCGUUCAGGACUUGCUGGACAGGGGCAUGGUGGAGCUCCGUGCUCAUCGAGAUUUUGAAAUGGGUGUAUUCUUUGUGCGAAAGAAGUCAGGCCGCCUACGCUUGAUAGUGGAUGCUCGUGCUGCGAAUCAGAGUCUUAAGAGCCGUGCCUCCAUCCAGCUGGCUUCGACCGCGGCGAUCGUGGGGCUGGACAUCGCCGAUUGCUUCUACCAGUUCAGGGUGCCGGACUACAUGGCGCCCUGGUUCGGGAUGAAGCCAGUCAGGGCGGGCAUGCUGGGCGUGAAGGUCGUGCAGGGCGAGCCCGUCUCGGCGGGCACCUGGCUCUACCCGUGCCUGCGCGUCCUGCCCAUGGGGUUCUCGUGGGCCAUGAGGUGGGCGCAGCAGGCCCAUCGUGAGCUGCUUCGGCGAGCUGGGCCGGGGGGCAUCGACAGCGAGUUGGUGGGCCGCCAGCUGGCGCUGGCGCCCUCGGCCACGCCUGUGCCGCGCGUCGUCUACGUGGACAACGAGAUCUUUGUGUCGUCGCUGCCCGGGGCCUCGUCCGAGGCCCGCGUGCAGGCCGCCAAGGCGAUGGCGGCCGUGGGCUUGCUUCUGCGCGAGGUCGAGGAUAGCAAGAACGUCGUGGAGGCGCUGGGCCUGGAGCUGGGCGGCAUCAAGCUUCGGGGCCGCCUGGCGUCCUCCAAGCGGUGGAGGCUGGUCCAGGGCACGCGGGCCUUACUCAGGCGCCGGCUGGUGGCGGGCAGGGAGGUGGAGAAGCUGAUCGGCCACUUCGCCCAUGCCAUGCUGCUGAACCGCCUGGCGGUGUGCAUCUUCCGCGCAGCCUGCGAUUUCGUGCGGAGGCACUGCCGGGCUCCCUGCGUUCUCUGGGAGUCGAUGAGGCAGGAGCUGUCCAAUGCCAUGCAUGUGCUGCCGCUGCUCGCGGUGCAAUUCGACUUGCCUUGGUCUGGGCUGGUCACCUGCCCUGACGCCACCCUGAGGGGCAACGCGGUGCAGGAGGCCGACUUCCCGACGGCCGAGGUCUCGCAAGUGGGGCGCUGGAGUGAGCGCUGGCGCUUCAAGGUCGAGAGGGCCGGCCGGGCUCGGGAUCGGGCUCUAGCCAGCGCGUUGCUGCCUGGCGGGCGGGCUCGAGGUUGGUGCAGGCGCGCCUGGGCGCCCGCGGCCGGCGGAGCGCCGCCUCCUGAGAGGCAGCUGGCGCGACGGGGCCCGGCGCUCGAGACCGGCAGCGGCCGCGGGCAGAGCGGGUCUGGCCCGGGCUACCUUGACAAGGCUGCAGCGCAAUUCAUCAACGACAUCUCACCGAUCCCCUGCGAGGCCGAGAGGAGGCCCUGGUGGAUGGACCUGCUGUUGGCGGCGGAGGAGCCCAGCAACAGCGGGGCCAAACUGCGGGCGGCGGUGGGCCACCGUUGGCCGCGCCUCCACCACGCUGGGCGGCUGUUGAAGCUGCCGCGGGUGGCCAAGGCGCUGCAGGGCUGGCGCCGGCUGGUGCCGCUGGUCACGCGGGCUCCGGUGCCGUGGGCGGCCGUCGCGGUGAUCGCGAUGGCCCUUUUGCGGCGCGGGCAGCCGCGCGCGGCCCUGGCGGUGGUGCUGGCGGCGGACGCGUACCUCAGCCCCGGCGAGCUGCUCUCGCUUCGGGCGAACCACGUGGUGCCGGGCCAGCCGCGGUCGGGCGGCGACUGCCGCUUCGCGUCACCUGUGCUGAGGCCAGAGGAGGAGCUGCAGCCGACGAAGACCAGGGGCUUCAACGACUCGAUCCUGCUCGACAGCGAGGCGAGGCCGUACCUGGGCCCCUUGGUGGAGCGCCUGGCGCGGCAGCUGAACUUCGAGGCUGUGCCCCUCUUUCCGUGGUCGGGCGCGGCCUUCGCUGCCGUGUUCAAGAGUGCCGCGGAGGAGGUGGGCCUCGGGGCGUGGGAGCUGACGCCCUACAUCCUGCGCCAUGCGGGCCCGUCGCGCGACUGGCUGACCAAGGCGCAGAGCCUCGGCGCCAUCGAGCGCCGCGGGAGGUGGAUCUCCGGCAUGAGCCUGCUCCUGAACGAGGCGGCGCGGCAGCUCGAGGCCGGGCUCCGGCUCGGUCGCGCGGCCAUGUUCGAGAGCAUGCCCCGCGCCGUGGGUCUGCUGUGA